UCAGCCAAGUGAACGAAACAUAAACUGAGAAAAAUAAAAAGGAGAAUAACCAGAGGGAUAGAAGAAUGGCAGAAAAGGAGGGAAAAAUAAAGCUUUUGGGGUGUUGGGCAAGUCCUUUCAGUCGUAGGGUCGAGAUGGCUCUCAAACUCAAAGGCAUACCAUACGAAUACUUGGAGGAAGCCUUGCCCAACAAGAGCCCUUUGCUUCUUGAGCUAAACCCGAUUCACAAGAAGGUUCCGGUUCUUGUCCACAACGAUAAAAUAUUACCCGAGUCACAUCUAAUCCUCGAGUACAUCGACCAAACAUGGAGUAACAAUCCAAUUCUACCUCAAGAUCCCUACGAGAAAGCCAUGGCUCGAUUCUGGGCCAAAUUUAUAGAUGAGCAGAUUCUAACUGUAGGAUUCAGGUCUUUAGUAAAAGCAGAGAAGGGGAGAGAGGUUGCUAUUGAAGAGGCUCGAGAAAAGUUUGCCUUUCUUGAGAAGGAAGUCACUGGAAAAGAUUUCUUCGGUGGCAAGACAAUCGGAUUUGUGGACAUGGUCGCAGGAAGUAUAAUCCCGUUUUGUUUGGCUCGGCUUUGGGAAGGUAUGAUAAUAGAUGUGAUUCCAGAGGACGAGUUUCCAGAGCUAAACAGAUGGAUUAAAAAUCUGAAAGAUAUUGAUUGCGUGAGGGAAUGUAUACCUCAUAGAGAGAAACAAAUUGAGCACAUGAUGAAAGUUUCAGAGCGAUACAAAUUGGCCUAGAAGAGAAGAUAACCGUAUUUCUGAACUGUUUACUAUAUAUAUACAUGCUUGCAUGGCUUUGUUUUUUAAAACGUUUGAAAUAAAUGGAGUUGUUUUUUUUUGACUAAGAGAAAAAAAAGUGGAGUUGUUUCUAGUUAGAGGUGUCAAUUGGGCUGUCUAUGUCCAUUUGGGCUGUCCAAAUGGACACACCAGUCCAAAUGGACAUUAUUUGUUUUAAGCCUAGAUUGUACCACACCAAAUUGUCUAGACCAAAUUGGUCCAUUUCAAAUGGGCAUUCCGCAAAACCCAAAUACAAUCUCUAUUUUAACAUCCAAAAAAUUCAUUUUUAACAAAAAAAAACAUAAUUUCAUUGUUUUUAAUUCAAAAGCAUAGAUACGAUUUUGGCGAGAAAACUUGAUUUUACGGUUUUGACGGGAAAACUCGAUUUUACGGUUUUGGCGGGAAAACUCGAUUUUACGAUUUUGAUGGGAAAACUAAAAAUUCGAUUUUAUGAUUUUGGUGAGAAAUCUCAAUUUUAUGGUUUUGGAAAAAAAAACUUGAUUUCACGGUUUUGGUGGGAAAACUCGAUUUUACGAUUUUAGCGGGAAAUAUCAAUUUAACGGUUUUGGCGGAAAAACUCGAUUUUUCGGUUUUGACGGGAAAACUCGAUUUUACGAUUUUGGCGGGAAAACUCGACUUUACGGUUUUGGCGGGAAAACUCGAUUUACAGUUUUGACGGAAAAAUUAGAUUUACAGUUUUGACGGGAAAACUCGAUUUUAAGAUUUUGGCGGGAAAUCUUCAUUUUACGGUUUUGACUGGAAAACUCAACUUACGGUUCUGUCAAGAAAUCUCGAUUUACGGUUAGGAGGGAAAACUUGAUAUUUUCUUCAAAAUAAAAUCCUAUGAUUUUUGUAUCAUUUGGCCGCCCAUGUCCAUUUGGGUUAAGACCAUUGAAUUUGGGUCUAAUUGGUUAAAUCCAAUUGGACAUCUUUAUUUGUUGGUCUAAUUUGGUUUAGUCCAAAUGGGUUUGGACAUGGGUGACCAAUGACAUGAUGUCCAAAUUGACAUCCCUAUUUCUAGUAAAAAAAAAAAAGUGGAGUUGUAGCUCGUACUGGUAGUGGACACUUUUUUUUUGUUUUGGUAGUGGACACUUUUUGUAUGAUA